CAGUUUCUCUAAACCGUCAUGAUGACGUGUUGGCACGAACUCCACUCCGCGUUCAAAAGAGUUCGCUGGUUUCUUUGCACACCGCAGCACCCAGCAACAACAGCAACAACAACUAACUACCUACCUUGCUAUGAAGGUGCCUUUCGGGUACCAUGGGUUCCAAGUCAUUGCUCUGAUUGGAUACCUACAGAUAUCAUGGAUUGUUUGUCCUUCCGUGGCGUUCUCUCCAACUCUUAAGCCGCUGUCCAUUCCGACUUUGCCGCAACAAACAGCGUCAAAUGGGCUUUGUGCCCCAAACCGAAGAGCUUCUACAGCUCUGUUUGCACAGGAUGAGCCAAACGACGAGAACAAUGAGGAAUCCUUGAAUGAUAAUGAAGAAACCAAGCUUGACGAAGAAGAGUAUCCACCCCUGCCAAUGCUGGAUGCAUCGGUGCUCAUACCCUACGUUCUCUUUAUCUCCUUUUGGCCAUUGUUGGCACUGCUACGGCUCAAAUGGGGUACUUUAUUUCCUUAUGGGUCUCCAAUCGAUUACUUUGACAUUGACAAGUACAUGGCUCUACAAGGAAUGAUGCAAGAAGCCAAUGUAUCACCCGAUGAGAUUGUAGAACUCCCCGCUUUGAGUCCUGCUGAACAGUUGGUUGGUGCGAUCUUUGGUCCUCCGCCACGGCCAUAGAGAGUGAGUGCUCCAUUGCUACCGUAUAGUACCACAUCAUUAUCAAGUUGGCCAACUCGAGAAAGCGUCAUUUUCCAAGUUGCCCGACCUUGAUAGUAAUUCUUUAAGAGACACAACCUGCCCCUAGUUUGCUUGUUUCAAGCUAGCUAGCGGUCAGUCACAGAAUGGAUACGUAGCCCGCGUGCUCGAAUUUCUUUUGCCUACU